AAUUCAUAGACGAGCAUCUCUCCUAGAGAUGGAUGAGAGGUUUUCUCUCUAACAUAGUAUCACUUUUUGUUUUGCUUUCCUCGACUAACUCCUUUCUUUACUUUGUAUUAUUAAUUGUGAUAUAUUUGACCUAAACCCCAAAAGAAGAGAGAUUAGGAUAUCAUCUUUGUAAGGCGAGGAAUCGCUCGUCACCAAACACCCCUCCAUCCCCUCCCAUGGGCCCGCCGGAAACCGACCUGAGGGACGAGCCCCUCACUCCCGCCGGCCGCCUCUUCCUCCGCCCGGAGCUAGACCAGGUCAUCAACUGUGCCAUCGGCGUCAAACGCCCCUUCGACGUCGCCGCCGUGCGCUACGAGAUCGCUCACUCCGCCAUGGUCACCCACCCCAGGUUCUGCAGCCUCCUCGUCCGCGACCGCCAGGGCCGGGAGCACUGGCGGAGAACCCAGGUGGACGUCGAUCGCCACCUCAUCGUCCGGGACGACCCCCUCGACGGCGACGGCGAGCAGGCGGUGAACGACUACCUCGCGGAUCUGGCGGUUUCUUCCCCUCUCUGUACGGACAAGCCAUUAUGGGAAGUGCACCUUCUGAGGGCCCACAACUGCGUCGUUUUGAGGGUUCACCACGCGCUGGGAGAUGGGGUUUCUCUGAUGGCGCUCUUUCUGACUUGCUGCCGGAGGGCCGACGACCCGGAUAGGCCGCCGACGGUGGGGUUGGAGGGCCGGCGGGAGCGGAGGGUCGGCGGGCGGGGGAGUGGGCUGGGGGCGAAAUUGUGGGCGGCGGUGAAGGUGUUUUGGUUCAGUUUGGUGUUUGUUUUGGAGUUCAUAGGGAGGAGUUUAUGGGUGAGAGACCGGAGAACAGUGCUGCGAGGAGGCGCGGGGGUGGAGCUCUGGCCGAGGAAGCUGGCGACGGCGAGGUUCCGGCUGGAUGACAUGAAAGCCGUGAAGAAGGCAAUUCCUAAUGUGACCAUUAAUGAUGUUCUUUUUGGGGUUAUUUCAUCUGGGCUUUCAAAAUACUGCGAUUUCAGAUCCCCCAACGCUCUGCAAGAGGGCCUCCAAAUUACCGGGGUCGCAAUGGUUAACUUGAGAAAACAAUCAGGAUUCCAGGAUAUGUCGAAUUUAAUGAGGCAGAAUUCAGGAUCAGGAUGGGGCAACAAGUUUGGCAUGUUCCUCCUACCUCUGUACUACAACAGGGGAGGUGCCAACCCCUUGCAGUGUCUCAAGAGAGCCAAGGCUAUGCUUGACCUUAAGAAACAAUCAUUAGAGGCCCAAUUCUCUUACAGAAUUGGGGAUUUUGUGAUGUCGUGCUUCGGACCGAAGAUUGCUAGCUCGCUGAAUUACAGGAUUUUGUGUAACACGACGUUCACGAUCUCAAACGUGGUCGGCCCAUCCGAAGAAAUUUUGCUGACAGGCAGCCCUGUCACAUUCCUGAGGGCUAACUCCUCUAGCUUACCCCAUGCAAUUACAAUGCACAUGUUGAGCUAUGCAGGGAGAGCUGACAUGCAGAUUCUGGUGGCCAAAGACAUCAUCCCGGAGCCCCAAUAUCUCGCCGCGUGCUUUGAAGAGGCCUUGCUAGAAAUGAAGGAAGCUGUCACCACCGCCGCCGCUGGCGCUGCCAAAAUGUAGAAGGGUAAGUUUUUGAAUUUUGAUUAAGUGAAGAGUAGAUUUGCACAGGUACCUAGCAAAUUAUAGGAGAAAUAUGGAUUGUUACGCCAAUUAUAAUGUAAUUUUAUUUUGAAAGAAGUGUAAAUACUAUACUCAACAAUCGAUAUCUUCGUUCAUUGCUUUGCAUCUGAUUUCACAAUUGUAAACUUUGUUCCAUCCAAUUUUACUUUGUGGGUUACUUGAA